UGGUCGACCUUCGGAGUUCCUACCCCGCCCUUCGUACCAUUCCUGGGUCAUGUGCACAAGCAGUUAUCAUUAACCCAGGCUCGAUGGGAGUAUCUUAAUGAGGUGUACUCUAAGUAUGGUGGCUCCUCACUAUGUGGUAUGUACGAAAUAUUUCGUCCUGUUUUGAUGAUCGGUGAUCCUGACCUUCUCAAAAACAUCUUUGUUAAGAACUUUGAUCAUUUUGUUGACCGUCGGCAGUUUCUGGCGGAAGAAGGAAGCCUUAUUAAUGAAAUGGUUUUCAACAAAUCAGGAGACGAGUGGAAAGCCCUUCGUUCCAUAAUGACUCCCACUUUCACCUCGGGUAAGAUGCGUGUCAUGUUCCCUCUCAUCACUGACAAGGCCGACGUUCUUGUUUCCUUUACUCUUCAAGAAGCUGCUAAGAAACCUUAUACUGAUAUGAAAGUAAACUUCGGAUUGUUUACAAUGGACACCAUUGCUUCCUGCGCUUUUGGUAUUGAAUGUGAUUCCUUUAAGAACGAGAAAGCAGAGUUUGCCAGACAAGCAGAAAUAUUCUUUGCUUUUUCACUCAUAAAAACCAUUAAAUUUGGUCUUUUAAAUAUUUCCCCAAGGAUUUUUAACAGUCUGAGGCUAAAAUUAGAGACAACUGCUCUCAGAUUUUUCGAAAGUGUUGUAGAGCAGACUAUAGCUGCCAGGAAACAAAGCCAGAGAAGGGGCGAUUAUUUAGACCUUCUUUUGGAUGCACAAGCUGACAAUGACCAGCUCACCACUGCUAAGACAGCAGCUACAACCCUCAAACAGUCCACCACUGACAGCCUCGAUGGAACCGAAAACCUAUCCAUCACCCCAUCUAAGCAAGGAUUGUGGAAAAUGUGUGCUCUUCUUAAUCGGUUUGUGGACGAGCAUAAGUCUGCGAUUGAUUAUUUUAAUAUUUUUGUUCUAUUUACAGAAACUUUGAGACUGUACCCGCCUUCAUUCGUUGGUGAACGAAAAUGCACCAAAACUUUCAAAAUCCCUGGCACAAACGUGACUCUACAUCCAGGCGAGUACGUAACAAUCCCAUUCUGGAGUUUACAUCACGACCCUCGUUACUGGCCGGAUCCAGAAGCAUUUCUACCAGAUCGUUUUCUGCCGGAGAACAAGGCCGAUAUUACCAACUUUACUCACAUGCCCUUUGGAAUGGGACCUAGAAAUUGCUUAGCAAUGCGAUUUGCCCUGAUGGAGGUCAAGGUAGCACUAGCUAAGCUGUUAUUAAAAGCUGAAUUACGCCUAUGCAAUGGUCAUGAGGAACUAAAACUGGAACGGUCUCCUUUCCUGCUGAGACCAGAAGGCGUCAAUCUCGUUAUCUCGCCUCUUGCAGAACGUACACAAGGCUAAAGAUCCAGCACAAAGUCUCAUAUACUAGUGAGGUCUUAUUUUUUCAGGUAUAGAAUGACCAGUUGGUAUUACGACCCCUGAAUGUGUCACAAUGUAUAUAAUGUAUAUUACCUGUUCAUAUAAUUUUAUAUUGCUUAUAUUUGCGAUAUUAGCUAUAUCGUAAAUAUAUUGCUUUAUAUUAUUAUUUGAUGUAGUUAUAUUAUUAGGUAGGAUAUAACAUUUAUAUAUUAUUCAGUGCUCAUAGUUCGAGAGUAUGAAAUAGCUGAUAGCAUUGUCUAACUACUGUAGUUUUCACCUCGCUUGUUUUGCUGCCGGCUUCUGAGUUGCUGGGCAGCAGCAGUCAGAGGAGAGUCACGUAAACAGGGUGGGGCGAUCACACCUCACCUGGAGAGAGUCUAGCUGGCCUGUGCGAGCUCUUGUCUGUUGGACGUGCUUCUAACAAGAGGUCCCUCUCCAGCUCUCUAUUUCUGGCCCUUUUUGGAAGAUCGUCUCUGUCGCUUUCUUGUUGUUGGUUCUGUGUAACUCUGUUCACAGAACAUAGCCUAGACUUAGUGAUUUUCUAUGUUGCACUGAGGUUGUGUGUCACAUAGACACUGAGUAACUCGAGUCCUGAGCUGUAGCUUCUUACCUAAUUUGUACUGGUAUCUGGAGUUAACCUGGAGAGAGUUCCGGGGGUCAACGCCCCCGCGGCCCGGUCUGUGAUCAGGCCUCCUGGUGGAUCAGAGCCUGAUCAACCAGGCUGUUACUGCUGGCUGCACGCAAUCCAAUGAACGAGCCACAGCACGGCAUGUCAGGUACCGACUUUAGGUGUUUGUCCAGUGCCAGUUUGAAGACUGGCAGGGGUCUAUUGGUAAUCCCCCUUACGUAUGCUGGAAGGCAGUUGAAUAGUCUCGGGCCCUUGACACUUAUUGUAUUGUCUCUUAACGUGCUAGUGACACCCCUGCUUUUCAUUGAGGGGAUGUUGCAUCGUCUGCCAAGUCUUUUGCUUUCGUUGUGAGUGAUUUUCGUGUGCAAGUUCGGUACUAGUCCCUCUAGGAUUUUCCAGAUGUACAUAAUCAUGUAUCUCUCCUGCCUGCAUUCCAGGGAAUACAGGUUCAGGAACCUCAAGCGCUCCCAGUAAUUGAGGUGUUCUAUCUCCGUUAUGCGCGCUGUGAAGCUUCCCUGUACAUUUUCUAGGUCAGCAAUUUCACCUGCCUUGAAAGGUGCUGUUAGUGAGCAGCAAUAUUCCAGCCUAGAUAGAACAAAUGACCUGAAGAGUGUCAUCAUGGGCUUGGCAUCCCUAGUUUUGAAGGUUUUCAUUAUCCAUUCUGUCAUUUUUCUAGCAGCUGCAAUUGAUAUAAUGUUAUGGUCCUUGAAGGUGAGAUCCUCCGACAUGAUCACUCCCAGGUCUUAGACGUUUGUUUUUCGCUCUAUUUUGUGGCCGGAAUUUGUUUUGUACUCUGAUGAAGUUUUGAUUUCCUCGUGUCUUCCAUAUCGGAGUAAUUGAAAUUUCUCAUCAUUGAACUUCAUAUUUGUUUUCUGCAGCCCAUUGAAAGAUUUGGUUGAUGUCUGCCUGGAGCCUUGCAGUGUCUGCAAUGGAAGACACUGUCAUGCAGAUUCGGGUGUCAUCUGCAAAGGAAGACACGGUGCUGUGGCUGACAUCCUUGUCUAUGUCAGAUAUGAGGAUGAGAAACAAGAUGGGAGCGAGUACUGUGCCUUGUGGAACUGAGCUUUUCACCGUAGCCGCCUCAGACUUUACUCUGUUGACUACUACUAUUUGUGUUCUGUUUGUGAGGAAAUUAUAGAUCCAUCUACCAACUUUUCCUGUUAUUCCUUUAGCGCGCAUUUUGUGCGCUAUUAUGCCAUGGUCACACUUGUCGAAGGCUUUUGCAUUCUUUUUGUCUUCUAGUGCUUCUAGGACCUUGUCGUAGUGAUCUAAUAGUUGAGACAGACAGGAGCGACUUGCUCUAAACCCAUGUUGCCCUGGGUUGUGUAACUGAUGGGUUUCUAGAUGGGUGGUGAUCUUGCUUCUUAGGACCCUUUCAAAGAUUUUUAUAAUAUGGGAUGUUAGUGCUAUCGGUCUGUAGUUCUUUGCUGUUGCUUUACUGCCACCUUUGUGAAGUGGGGCUACGUCUGUUGUUUUUAGUAGCUGUGGAAUAACCCACAUGUCCCUGCUCCCUCUCCAUAGGAUGGUAAAAGCACGUGAUAGGGGGUUCUUGCAGUUCUUGAUGAA